AUUCAGCAAUAGCAAAAUAAUGAAGAUAUCACGAAGACAUGGAGACCUAUUGCGGCAUAUAAUAGGCUAUAUGUUACAGGUGGAUUUAUUAUUAUGGUACAGACAUUUCCGCGAAAUGAAUGGUAAAAUGAAAGGCAUACCAAAUACAUUUCUAAACUCGUGCGUGUGUAUAGGCCUGUAUCUUCCUAUGCACUUUGUAAACCUCAAAUUACAAAUGAUAAACCUUUCGUCAGUGAAUGUUUGACUUGCAUUGAGCAGAAAUUAGCCUACGCAAAAAAAAAGUUGUGUUUAGGGUAAUUUACGUAGGCCUAAAUUAAAUGGGUCGUUUAUAUGUCAAUACAACAAACCAACUGCACCGAAUAUAGUGUGGAUCCAAUAUGCAUCGUCCCAAUCUUCCGGCCAAUGGAAAUUGGGGAGCCUUCAACCCCUAACUAAUCACAAACUGAUAGGAGAAAAUGAAAACACGGAGAAACGAGGCCAGGGUAUGUAGUUGGGUAUGCUGUAAUUACCAUAAUAAUGGUAAAUAUAAAUUAAUAUAAAAGGUAUCCCUAAAAUGUAAAAUCGGUCAACUCCUAUUUAAACAGAACUAUGUGGUGGCUAUUGGUAAACACACCCAGGUCAAUGGUGUAGGCUACAUUUUAUACUAACAACGUAUCACACUUAUGUCAAAGAAUGUUAAACCGACUCUUAGCCCCAUACUUCAACAUAAAACUCAACACUGAUAAACAUAAAGGCCCCUUUAAGUCCGACUGUCCUCAGGCCUUAUCGGUAGACAAAAAUGCAAACGUAAGUACCUUGAGCUUUUCUACUGGUUCAGCUGAGUAGCCUAUGUAAAAAUGUUCUGAAGAUCUGGUUCUGAACGAAUCCGUUCCGUUUUGCUUGAGUCCGCCUCUCCGUGCCUGUUCCUAUUGACGCACUUAAAGACUCUUCCCUCAACCUUAAGGCGAGUAGCAGCGACCAAUCACCAUGCCAUUACAGGCUUCAGAGGAAGCUGUUUAUGUGACUCCAGCGCUAAUUAGGCUCAUGAACUAACAAAUCGCUUGCACAACUGGUGAGGAACCGAUCACAUCCAUGGAUUGUCUGGCGCAGUUGACCACCUUUAUGGCUAUUUGUUGAUUUGUUGUUACUUUGGCUUCUAUUCUUGCUGCACUCUUCGUUCCAAAGUUAUUUAUGCUGACAAACUUUCUCGGUGUGGAGUAGUAACCUAUUUUUUUUUACGAAGAACGCCUGCACCUCUUAAACUCUAAGCUGGGGAAUCUUGACUAUCAAACCAUGUUUCAACCUACACCGAAGAGGUGUUUUACUAUAGAAUCGUUGGUAGCGAAGGAUAAUCCUCUACCAGUGUCGAGGUCUGAGGAGCCCAUACGACCAGCAGCUCUGAGCUAUGCAAACUCCAGCCAAAUGAAUCCAUUUCUGAACGGGUUUCAUUCCAGCGGCAGGGGCGUCUACUCUAAUCCGGACUUGGUGUUCGCUGAGGCGGUCUCACAUCAGAAUAACUCCGGUGUCCCAGUUCAUUCGGUACCACCUCCACACGCGUUGGCUCACCCACUUUCAUCCUCACAUAGUCCGCACCAUCUUUUUGCCAGCCAGCAAAGGGACCCCUCAACUUUUUACCCAUGGCUAAUACAUAGAUAUAGGUACUUGGGUCACAGAUUCCAAGGUAACGAAACAAGCCCGGAGAGCUUCCUUUUGCACAAUGCACUGGCCAGAAAGCCCAAAAGAAUUCGGACAGCUUUUUCCCCUUCCCAACUUCUGCGGCUUGAGCACGCAUUUGAAAAAAACCAUUACGUCGUAGGUGCCGAACGAAAACAGCUUGCGCACACCCUUAGCCUCACAGAAACUCAGGUAAAAGUGUGGUUUCAGAACCGAAGAACCAAGUUCAAGCGUCAAAAGUUGGAGGAGGAGGGUUCAGAUUCGCAACAGAAGAAGAAGGGGACCCAUCACAUAAACCGAUGGAGACUCGCAACUAAACAAGGAUCGGGAAGCCCGGAGGAAAUUGAUGUAACUUCAGACGAUUAAAAUACGAAAUUGUUUGAACCUGGGACAGCCGUGUGGCGUGAAGGAUGACAUGGCUAAGGAUGCUGUGUACAGAGAGACAGAGAGAGGGUAAAGCCAAUGUCACAUUUCGAUUCUUCGGAGAUCGGCAGCUGAGGGUGAGAGAUCCGAUUGGUGGCACUGCUGUCACUACCAUGGGUCUGUCAAACCAUAUCAAAUUGCCCAGGCAAAAGUGAUUGACAGUAUCGCAGUCCACCUACCUGACCACGUUCCACGCAUCAACCCACCACUACAAUCUCCCACGAACCACCCAAAAAUUAAUCUCCAAUUCACAUUGGACAUUUGCACUUCUGAAAGUUUCUAAAUAUGAACGUUUCCACUCAAGAUACCAAAAUCCACAACUGUUUUUGUAAAACUUAAAUUGCAUGGUAGACUUUCUGGUAGUUGUUUUAAUUUGAUAAUUUUCUCAAAAACAACUUUGUUUUAACUCUAUUUUCAAUCUCAGAGAUGUUGUGCUUCUUCCUUUUUACAAAGUGUGCAGUCUUUUAAUUAAUGAUUAUCGUGUUAAAGUGAUUGUGAGAACAGUAUGAAGUAGCAGUGCUGCGUUAUAGUGUUUUUAAAGAAAAUGUAUUUCGAAAACUUUAUAAAAGUUUAUCAAACCACAGAUAAAGUACUUAAAGGGAAAGUAUCCAGGACAUUCCUUAAACCUAAAGCUUUACCAUGUCUCCGUUAUUCUGUCACGAGCAUAUUGUCAGGAUUUGACCCUUCCGUGAGAGUUGCCACAAAGGACUAAUGCAAGAAUUGACUGCCGUAGAGGCGAGAAAACGUCAAGCACUGAGCGUAUCCAUGUACAGAGAUACUAAAAGUUAAUGUUUCUGUUAAACCCUCUUUUAUCAGAAUGUAAAUAAUGUUGUGUUUGUGUUAAGUUUGCUACAAUUUUAACACAAAGUAUACUUCCAAGAAGUAUGUAAUUGUUAAUAUUUUGUCAAUAAAGUUUUAUCAAUAUGUUG